AUGAAAUCCAGCAUUACCGUCGUGGUGCUCGCAUUCGCUUCCACAUCACUACAAAACAGCCUAUCUCGCGAUACGUACACUGCCUGUCAAACAGGACUGCCUGUAUGCUGCAAAACCAGCAGCCUGCGAAAGAUCGACGGUUGUAUUGAACUCCACCGCUUCCCUGGUAGCCCGUCGGACUUUCGAUCUGCCUGUAGUGAUACAUCGCAGAUAUACGCAAGAUGCUGUCAGCCGCCUGGCGACCGCAACCCGAUCGAUAAGCUCCUUGAUGCUUUGUCACUCUCUUCCAAUCAAUGUGCCAAACCCACUGGCAUUGACGAAUAG